GUCCCGGCUGGCACGUGUCGACCCCACAGCCCCUGAUCAAUCCAAUCUUCCUGCUCUCUCUUCUCCUUCUUUUUCAGCUCGGCGCCACCGUUCUUCAGCGCUCUCUCUCUCUCUCUCUCUCUCUCUCUCUGAACAUCUGAUGAUUAAUGAUCGCUAUGAACACUGAUUAAUCCGUCUACCUUCAGAUAUGCAACACUCAAUCGGUUCAUAGGUCGUUCCAUUGAUUUUAAUUUUUGAUUCUUGGAUUUUGAAAAUGUCGUCCAAGAAACUUCGACCGAGCGCAUCUGAGAAAAUUCUUACACCUGAGGAGCAGCAAGCCAAGGUUACUGAUGUGAGGAAGAUCAUCGGUCCAAUUGCCGAGAAGCUUCCGGCCCUUUGUUCAGAUGCAGCAAUCUUAAGGUACCUCCGGGCAAGGAACUGGAACACAAAGAAAGCAGCAAAGAUGCUGAAAGAUACCCUUAAGUGGAGGCUGGCAUACAAGCCGGAGAAGAUUCGGUGGGAAGAUGUUGCCCAGGAAGCUGAGACGGGGAAAAUAUAUAGAGCAAGUUACUGUGACAAGCUUGGGAGGACUGUUCUUGUAAUGAGACCAGGUUUCCAGAAUACGAACUCAUCAAAGGGGCAAAUCAUGUAUUUGGUUUACUGUUUGGAGAAUGCAAUAAUGAACUUGAGUCCGGAUCAGGAACAGAUGGUUUGGCUGAUCGAUUUCCAAGGUUGGAACAUGUCAUGCAUAUCAAUGAAUGUGACUCGGGAGACAGCCCAUAUAUUGCAGGAUCAUUAUCCUGAAAGACUUGGGCUUGCUAUUCUCUAUAGCCCUCCCAAGAUCUUUGAGUCUUUUUGGAAGAUGGUGAAACCGUUCCUGGAGUCCAAGACCUUCAAGAAGGUCAAGUUUGUCUACUCUGAUGAUCCACAAAGCAUGAAGGUAAUGGAAGACACGUUUGAUAUGGACAAGCUCGAAUCUGCAUUUGGAGGAAGAAAUCCUAUCUCGUUCAAUUAUGAAACGUACGCAAAGAUGAUGGAGGAGGAUGACUCGAAGAUGGUCAAUAUCACCAGCUCGUGUAGUUCUUCUCCAGGUUAUCAACCCUCCUUGGGGUCUGAGUCGCACCUGUCAGAGACCACUAUUUCUGACAAUGCAUCGGAGGCUUCUAUCGAGAGUGGUAAUGCAUCAGGUAGCGAUGAGGGCUCUCUGAAUGUAGAGGGAAGCAGCGAUAACAAAAUAGAAGAUCAAAAGGUCGCCGCAAUAGAUGUCCAACACGAAACCACCAAAGAGGAACCCGUGCCAAAGCCACAAGUAUAAGACCAAUCUAACUGAAAAGGGACGCCGAGUUGGUUCAGAAACGAAGCAUUACUCCAAAGAAGCCAGACCAGCCAAGGAAGUUCGUGGACACAAGUGCCUGAACUUGCUCUUAGUUGAUUUUGCUGUAGUGCUCGUCGACUGAAAAUUUUGCUCGAGAGCUCUUUGAAACUGUGCGCAAUGAGUUAUAGCAGUACCAUUAUCAAAGUCAGAGAAAACGGAGGGAAUAUUAGCAUUAGCAUUUAACACAUUCAGUGGCCAGAGAGAGGAUAGCUUCUAGCUGAGAAGAGAACCUAGCAGGUCGGGUUUAAAACGAGUUGGCCAUGCAGACGACUCAGUCAGAGAUUCUUCAUUAUGCCUCUGUUAGCCUGAAUAAGUACUCUGUUCUCUCCUGCCUUCAUUUCUGAAAAUUGUUUCGAUCUUUUCAGAAUUAGUUUAGCAUUGCCGCUGCCGGUGAAUGAUGUUAGCCAAGUUCUCGACUUUUGUUCAAACAAUGAAGAGGAAAGCGAGCCUAGAGUUUUCAA